CUUUCCUCGCACGGGCACGCCGCGCGCAAGCACGUGCCGAUCCAGCCACUCCGCCCAAGAAUCACUCUCCUCUCUUCCAUUCUCUUUCCUGAACUUCAGUGCAUACCCCGAAGUCUGCAAUGGGAGUAUCUGUGGAACUUGUCCUACUUUUGGUAGCUGGCAUCUCUUUUUCAGUGUGGUGGCCAGCAGAGUGCACUGUCCGGAACUAUGGACCAGUCUUUGAAGAACAACCACGGAGUACUGUCUUUCCGGAGGGAUCACCAGAGGAGCAAAUACUGCUGACCUGCCAAGCGCGAGCCAAUCCUCCUGCAACCUACAGGUGGAAGAUGAACGGCACCGAGAUCAAAAUAGAGCCAGAAUCCCGCUACAGGCUGAACGGGGGCAACCUGGUGAUAAGCAACCCAGUGAAAGCCAAGGAUGCUGGAUUAUACCAGUGUGUGGCAUCCAACUCAGUGGGUACAGUAGUCAGCAGAGAAGCUGCUGUUUACUUUGGCUUUUUGCAGGAAUUCUCCACAGAAGAGAGAGACCCAGUGAGGGUGACCGAGGGCUGGGGCGUGAUGUUUACCUGCAGCCCACCUGCACAUUACCCAGGACUUGCGUACCGCUGGUUUGUGAAUGACUUUCCCAACUUCAUCCAAGCAGAUGGAAGGCGAUUCAUCUCCCAGACUACUGGAAACCUUUAUAUUGCUAAGACAGAGGCCUCUGAUCUCGGCAACUACUCCUGCUUUGCUACCGGCCACAUUGAGUCCUUUAAAAAAAGUGUUUUUAGCACAUUUUCUCAGCUAAAUCUUGUCCGAGAAGAUUCCAGACCUUAUGCUCCAAGCAUUAAAGCCAAGUUUCCUUCUGACACUUAUGCUUUGGCUGGACAGCUGGUGGCUCUGGAGUGUUUCGCCUUUGGGAAUCCUGUCCCUCGAAUAAAAUGGAGGAAAUUGGAUGGUAGCCAGUCCUCUAAGUGGAUCACAACUGAACCCCUUCUGCAGUUUCAAGAGAUUGGCUUUGAGGAUGAGGGCACUUAUGAGUGUGAAGCAGAAAAUAUCCAAGGGAAAGAUUCCUAUCGGGGCCGCAUCAUUAUCCAAGCUCGGCCUGAAUGGCUGAAGGUCAUCACAGACAGAGAGGCUGACAUCGGGUCAGAUGUCCACUGGAGCUGUGCAGCAUCUGGCAAGCCAAGACCUACAAUAAGAUGGCUGAGGAAUGGGGAACCCUUAGCUUCCCAGAAUCGCAUUGAAGUGAACGGUGGGGAUUUGAGAAUUGUUAAGUUAACGAUGGAAGACUCUGGGAUGUACCAGUGCGUAGGAGAGAACAAACAUGGCAGCAUUUAUGCAAAUGCUGAAUUGUAUGUGCAAGCCUUUGCUCCUGAUUUUCGACUAAACCCUGUGAAACGACUGAUUCCAGCAGCUCGAGGUGGAGAAAUUAUUAUCCACUGCCAACCAAAAGCAGCACCAAAGGCCAUCAUACUCUGGACAAAAGGAACUGAACUUCUGAGCAAUACUUCCAGCACAACUAUUACCCCAGAUGGUACACUGAUUAUUCGGAAUAUCAGCAAGUCAGAUGAGGGGAAGUACACUUGCUUUGCCGAGAAUUUCAUGGGCAAAGCAAACAGCACAGGAACCCUCUCGGUGCGAGAUGCCACUAAAAUCACCCUUGCACCAUCCAGUGCUGACAUUAAUGUGGGUGAGAACAUUACACUCCAGUGUCAUGCUUCUCAUGACCCAACAAUGGAUCUCACUUUUACCUGGUGCCUGGAUGACUUUCUCCUGGACUUUUCCAAGUCUGAAGGCCACUACAAACGAGCUAGUACAAAAGAGAAUAUUGGAGACCUUUUGAUCUUGAAUGCUCAGCUGAAACAUGCUGGCCGAUACACUUGCACAGCCCAGACAGUGGUGGACAGUGCUUCUGAGUCAGCUAUUCUAGUUGUAAGAGGUCCUCCAGGGCCUCCUGGGGGCUUGGUGGUGAAGAACAUCAAGGACACUACCGUGCAGCUGAGCUGGAGCCGAGGCUUUGAUAACCACAGCCCUAUUGCCAAAUAUAUCAUCCAGGCCCGCAGUCUGCUCUCCCCCAAAUGGAAGCAAGUGCGCACCAAUCCUGCAAAUAUUGAAGGCAACUCAGAGACGGCGCAGGUGGCCAACCUCAUACCAUGGAUGGAUUAUGAAUUUCGGGUCCUGGCCACCAACAUCCUUGGAGUAGGAGACCCCAGUGUGCCAUCUGCUAAGAUCCGCACCAAAGAAGCUCCCCCUACUGUGGCACCAUCUGGACUUAGUGGAGGAGGAGGUGCACCUGGAGAACUCAUCAUUAACUGGACGCCAAUGAAGCGGGAGUACCAAAAUGGAGAUGGCUUUGGCUAUCUGCUUGCUUUCCGAAAACAAGGCACCCAGACCUGGAAGACUGCACUUGUGCAGCACGCAGAAUCUCUACAUUAUGUUUAUCGCAACGAGAGCAUUGCGCCCUACACACCAUUUGAAGUGAAGAUCAAGGUCUUCAACAGAAUGGGGGAAGGCCCAGAGAGCCUAGUGUCCAUUGUACACUCUGCGGAAGAAGAACCAAGAGUGGCUCCCUCUAAUGUUACAGUCAAAGGAGUGAUGGCCACAGAAAUUGAUGUUUCUUGGGAACCAGUGGAGCACCGUGACUUGAAUGGAGUCCUCUUAGGCUAUGAGAUCCGGUACUGGAAACAUGGGGACAAAGAAGAAGCCGCUGACAGAGUAAGGACAGCUGGCCUUGUCAGCUCAGCACAUGUGACAGAUCUCCACCCCAACACAAAGUACUCUGUGACCGUCAGAGCUUACAAUGGGGCAGGAACAGGGCCAGCCAGUCCCCCUACCACUUUCACAACAACAAAGCCACCACCAAGAAGGCCACCUGGCAACAUCUCAUGGAAGUUUUCCAGCUCCAGUGUAAGCAUCAAGUGGGAUCCUGUGGUUGCCAAGGCAGAUGAGUCCGCUGUCACUGGGUACAAGAUGCUGUAUCAGCCGGAUUCCCACUCAGCUCCUAUUCUGUACAUAGCCAACAAUAAUCGGAUUGAGAUCCCUGUUCCAGAACACUCCACUCAUGCUGUGGUCCAAAUUAGGACAACUGGUCCUGGCGGAGAUGGUGUUCCAGCAGAAGUACGCAUUCUGAGGAACAGCGACACAAGUAUGAUGGUGGAAAGUUCUGCAAGCCACCCCAUUGCCCAUGCUGCGGUUGCCCUGACUCACUCAUUAAUAAUGUUUGCUCUGAUUGGCUCCUUGGAGCUCUGAUACCAGCCAUUGUAAAGGAGGGCUACCAAAUGAGACUCCUCCUCAUCUAGCUGGAGCAAAUCAGCAGUUGACCAUUAGGACUACAAAUUUCUACUACACAUUUUUACCACAACUGCUACAUGGCAGCGAGUAACUGGUAGAAAAUUACUUGAGAGGAAAGUAUAGUUUUUCCUUCUAUCCGUCCUUCCUUCCUUCCUUCCGUCCUUCCGUCCUUCCUUCCUUUUUAGAAAAUAGAAUGUUUCAUAUAAGACUUGAGUCUCUAACCAAUCAAAGAUUCUUUUUAAGUGAAGAUACGAAAGGAUGAGUUCUGUAGAAACUGUGGAAAUGGGAUGUCUCAUUUUAUUGUGCCCAGUAGAUUCUUCUGCCUUACAAAGCCAUGUGUGAAAGUUAUCAGACUCCUACAACUUGAUCUUUUUUAGAAAAGUAAACAAACUGGAACAAAUGCACUGUCUUUUAGGUGACAGUUUUCAGAGUGUUGCGCAUGUUCCAUUUCAUUCCUCCUUGCAGCCAGGAUUGAACCAAGGACUCCGCUGUUCCGAGUUAAUGGGGAACGUACAGUAUUAGUCUGUCACCUCUUUUCAAGGCAACCAGCUGAAGCAGACAAAGUUAAUGGAGACUGACAGCCAUCUCCCACAAAAGACUUCAGAAGAAGAAAAUGGAACUUUGUGAGUGGAUUGUGAAAAGUGGGAAACUGAUGGCUCACCAACAAAACCAAAAAGUUUUAGUUGCCUUGGAAUCCAGCUUUCAUCUCAUAUGCACUGCUUGUAAUCUUAUAUUGGUGCUGUUCCAAUAGGUGCAACACACUUUGUUCAUUCAUAUUCCAGCAGUGAAUUUACUAUGUUGUGCUUGUUUCUUUCCCUCUUUUUCUUACACUUCCUGGAGUUCUGGCAAGAAAGAGGUAACUGGUGAGUUCCAUGUCAGGAGGGAGAGAUUCAAGUUCAGGCCAAAAGGAUAUUUCAAUGUGCUAGACUCAAGCAGAUUUACUGCAGAAGACUCAUUUCACCUCCUUAGAGACACAUUAUCAUAUACCCAAAGUUUCAUCAGCAUUACUUGGACCUCACAGCAAAUUUCAUCCACUGUCUCAACACGCCAUUCCAUCUGUCUCACGUUGCCCAUGGUUGUCGAGUUCAUCAGUGAUUAGAAACCUGAUUUGGAAUUAAAUCAUCAUCAGUAUUAGACAGUAGAGAAAUUGAGCACCUGUACACAGACGUGACAGCCAUAGUUUCCCAGACUCUUCUUCAGAAACUUAACGUUUGUUGCAGAUGUGCUGAGCUGCUUAAUAUCUGUCCUUGUCUGUCUGCAGGACUGCAGAAGAAGGAAAGGGAAGAUUUCAGUUCCAAACAUCUUUUUCUUUCUUUUUUUAAAUGAAUGAGCUUAGUCUCAGAAUUAUGUCUCUCUAGUGUAUCUUCAUACUUUUCUGAAUUCAGGAAAUAGAACA